CCGGCUUCUCGACUCCGCCCGUGCACGGGGGUGCUCACUCAAAGGCCGCCGCCGCAAGCCAGACGCUCCGCCUCCGCUCCGGUCGCUGGGAUAGGGGAUCCUCGUCUCCUCUUCUCCACGCUCUGCGCGCCCCGGCAGCCUCGCAUCUCCUCCACGCGACCCUCACCUUCAUCCUCCCGCAAGCUCCGGCCUCCUCGUCUGCGCGCCUCAGCCAUCCGCUGGAGCUCUGCAGGAAAAGAAGUGUGUAGUUACCAUGGUUCACUUCAAGAAUAGGUACAUGGUGAUGGAGGUCUUUAUAGAUGCAGGUAGGGGAGAACAAGACCCUGUCAUCCUCACCCAGUUUAAUAUAACCAAAGUUAUAAGAGACAGCAUUCAACUGAACUUUGGGGAGUGUGGCUUAGCUGCAUCUCUUGGAUCAUUACAAGUGAAGUAUGUUAAUCCUGUAACGAAGCUUUGCAUUAUCCGUGUGUCACGUGAUGACCACCAGAAAGUUUGGGCUGCAAUUACAAUGGUGAGGUGCAUUGGGAAGAUACCUGUAUCAUUCAACCUGCUCGACAUGAGUGGAAGUAUCAGGGCUUGCAAGAAAGCUGCACUUGAGUGUGACGAAGCGAAAUUUGAACAAUACAAGGUGGUUGCCGGUGACUGUAUCACAUCCAGAAAUCAUCCAGUCCGACAGAGCUGCCUUGAGAAAAUUAGAGGACUAGAGAGCUACUAUGUUUGUCCCUAGAUGAGAUUAAAAGAAUGAAAAUGGCAAAAUCGGGUCCCGGUGUUUAGCAUUGAAGGCAUAACUUAUGGUCUGAACAGAAGGAACUUUUUUUUUUAAGACGUGCAUAGCCUGUUUUUCAUUUUGAAGAGAAGUUUCAACAUGUACAAUCAUGAUACACGAUCACGUCAAAAACGGAAAAACUCGUUCAGGGAUGUAAA